AUGUCAUCGAUCACUGUAUAUCGUGGAACUGCAAGCGGGAGAGUGCAAGAAAGUACAGUCUCAUGGCCUGAUCCUACAAAAGCACAUCAAGUCACAGUUCGCAUCACUCAUUCCGGUAUUUGUGGCACCGACGAGCACUACAAAUGCCAAGACAUGGUGGUUCUCGGUCACGAGGGAGUUGGAAUAGUAGAGUCAAUCGGCAGUUCUGUCGUUACUCUGAAAGUUGGAGAUCGAGUUGGUUGGGGCUACUGUCACGGAAGCUGUCUUACCUGCCAGUAUUGCGAUCGAGGUCAAGAGCUUUACUGCGAAAAGAGACAGUUUUAUGGCUUUGACGACUUCGAUCAGGGCUCGUUCGCGACUUAUGCAACUUGGAAUGAGCACUUUCUCUUCCGUAUUCAAGAAAGCAUCCCGUCUGCUGAGGCAGCUCCUUUGUGCGCCGGGGCAGACGUGUACUCGGCUCUACGUAGCGCUCAAGUCCAGUGGUAUCACCGAGUGGGCGUUCUUGGCCUCGGCGGGCUAGGCCACCUAGCUGUUCAGUAUGCUUCCAAGAUGGGAUGUCAUGUCAUAGUCUAUUCGCACUCACCUGGCAAGGAACAAGCCGCUCGAAAUCUGGGAGCGUCAGACUUCCAGGUCUUGAGUGAUGCUUCCACUUCUCCUCGUGCUGUUGAUUGUCUGCUUUUAACAGGUGCUCAACAGCCGGAAUGGUCUCAAGCACUGUCGCUGGUUCGACGGGGCGGUGUGAUAAGUGCCGUUACUGUGGACUCAUCCGACCUGCGAUGUUCAUACGGAAAGCUUCUGAUGAACGCGAUCAGGAUCCAGGGGAGUCUACCUGCCGCCCCGAAUGUCCAACGUGAGAUGCUCAGCUUCUCGGUGCUGCAUGGAAUGCAACUAGUCAUCGAGGCGUUUCCAUUCACCGAGGGUGGAAUUAAUGAGGCGAUGGAGAAGCUUCGCCAGGGUGAGAUGCGAUACAGGGGUGUUCUAGUGAUGGAGGAUUAG